GUUCGUUGGAUGUGGAGUCAUUUCGUUCUUCUGAGCUGUAAAGCAGGCGAAAUCCUUGCUCCCCGCAGCAGAGUAGGGCUCGCAAGCUUUUGUCGGAAUUUCAGAACCAUGAAGAUAGAGUCUUCCGAAUUUAAGUCCCUUUUCACCCCAGGACUGAAGGGCAUUGCAGAAAUAUUUAAUAAAGAAAAUUAUGAACUAAGAAUAGCAGGAGGUGCUGUAAGGGAUUUACUCAGUGGAAUAAAACCACAAGACGUUGAUUUUGCCACUACUGCAACUCCUAGUCAGAUGAAAGAAAUGUUCCAGGCCAAGGGUGUCCGUAUGAUCAACAACAGAGGAGAAAAACAUGGAACCAUCACUGCUAGGCUCCAUGAGGAGAACUUUGAAAUUACCACACUGAGAAUUGAUCUGCGUACUGAUGGGAGACAUGCAGAAGUAGAAUUCACAACUGACUGGGAAAAAGAUGCAGCAAGAAGAGAUCUCACCAUAAAUUCUAUGUUCCUAGGUUUGGAUGGCACUCUUUAUGAUUUCUUCAGUGGUUACAAUGACUUAAAAAACAAGAAGAUCAGAUUUGUAGGAGAAGCCAACCAGAGAAUAAAAGAAGAUUUUUUACGAAUUCUACGCUAUUUCCGAUUUUACGGGAGGAUAGCUGAAAGGCCUGAUGAUCAUGAUGCCAAAACUCUGGAAGCCAUCAAAGAAAAUGCCAAAGGUUUGGCUGGAAUAUCUGGCGAAAGGAUUUGGACAGAAUUGAAAAAAAUUCUUGUUGGGAAAUACGCAAAUCAACUCAUUCAUCUGAUGUAUGAACUUACAGUAACUGAUUAUAUAGGAUUACCUGUUAAUGGGAACUUACAGGAGUUUGACACAGUCUGUAAAAAUGUCCAGAAUCUUUUUCCCAAACCAAUGACCAUUCUAACGUCACUGUUAAAGGUUCCGUGUGAUCUUUCAAAACUGGAUUUAAGACUGAAACUAUCAAAAGAUGAAAAAAACCUGGGGCUAUUUCUGUUGAAGCACAGGAGAGACUUGACCAAAGCUUCCGAUACUACAAUGCCUCUUAAACCAUACCAGGAUUUCAUUUUAGAUGCAAGGGAGUCUUGUGCAACAUCCAGAAUCCAUGAGCUUUUGAAGUACCAAGGAGAAGAACAACUUCUGAAAGAAAUGCAAGAAUGGUCUAUACCUUCUUUUCCUGUAACUGGACAUGACUUAAGACAAAUGGGAAUUUCAUCAGGAAAAGACAUUGGGCCCCUCUUGCUACAGUUACGAGAACACUGGAAAAAAAGUGAUUAUCAAAAGAACAAAGAAGAACUCUUAAGCUAUGUAAAGAAGGUGUGAAAGCAAAUGGUGCUGAAACUAAAUAAUUUUGUAUGAAAUUUCACAUGUACAUGCAUAUUUUAUUGGGUACAUUUCAUUUCUGAAUAUUAGGACUAUUUGUAUUUCAGUUCUAAAACAAAUGGGGUUGUUUUUGUGUUCAUCUGGUUGGUAAUACAUGAAUAACUUUCAUAUUCUUUUACUCAACUAUUAAAUAACUAUUAAAUGUAUGCUUCAAGUUGCACUGACUCACAAACUUGUAUGUAGAUUGACUGACUAUCUGGGUUGUUCAGAAAUGUACUUUGGAUUGGAUUGACUUUAAAAAGCAAGGAAAAAUAAUUUAAGGAAAUUAACAUUGCAGUUGUAUUCCUGUUUAUCCAAAAAUGAUUCCCAUCCAUUCAGUGGAGCCUGACCCUCAGCAAGCAUAUAUCAUCUUGAACCUCAGAGUCAGAUUUUAGCCAGAGCCGAUGCUGUCAAGCAUUGUCAUUUCACUGAAACUCAAAUUACAACAACCACCUAAAGUUUUAGAUACUGAAAAAGAUUUACUAGUUAUUCCAAAAAAACUUUAAAGUAAAAGGAUAGCAUCUCUAAUAUUUAUAUUGAGUUGAGCACUUUUCAUUCAUUUUAUUUCCAUUCACCUGAAAAGAUUCUGAGAACUAAUA